AUUGGCCUACAUUUGACAAGUUCUUCAGGAGGCGAGGAGACACACUCACCUGUUCCAGCUUGUUUCCUUGGUUACGUGGAAAUUUCUACCUUUCAAAGGGCACCAGAAUUCAACAUACAGAAAGUGAGGAUGGCCUCUUCUCUUUUUCCCUUCACCAUAUUACCUGACUCAAGAGGAAGAAAUUACUCUAAUUUUUCUCAGGACUUUUAUGCAGGAAAAAAAUUCAUUCUGCCUAGGACACUGUGGAUCCUCAGCUUACAACCCCAAAGCCAGUCAUUUUCCUUGGGUCUGUAUACCUACCUCCAAGCCAAGAUCAGUGUCUGCCUCAAUGUGUAGAACCAUGGCUUGAGAUAGCCUAGACAAAAUGUAUGGAAGGGUUUUAUGCUUCAUGUAGAAAUAUCCAGUGGAGAUGUAUGAAAUAAGCCAUACAAGUUCAUAACUCAGAUGGACCCCAGGCCUUAGGCAUGGAUUCUUCCUACCUCCAAAGAUGUGAUGAGGAAGGUUGAUCUUAUCUCUUACCACAUCCUGAAACAGUAUGAGGAGACAAGAGACUUCAGCCCCGGUUUAACAGACAGAUAACAUUUUAUAGACAUUCUUUUCCUGCUGCCUUUAAUGAAAGAGUUCUGUGUGAAGCUCCUCCCUGCUGAGGUCUGGUGAGAACCCAGAGGCCAAAAUGCAGUCUGAUUAACAGGCAUCACAGCAGUGACUCAAACCAUUCAUGAUUUCAGAUGAAGCUUGUUACGGUGACUCCACAAUUAGGACUUUAGCCCACGUGGCCUGUCAGUCCUCCAGGAGGCUAUACCAAGCACUGUAUAAAAGUCCCCACCAUCCUAGAUUCCACAGUCCACAUCCUUCAUUGAAUCUCAUUGAAGAUCAGGCUCUUCAAAUCACCUGAAAUGUCUUUCAGUGAUCAACAGUGCAAGCAACCAUGUGUGCCACCCCCAUGUCUUCAAAAGACCCAAGAAAAGUGCCAGACACAAGCAGAGGAUGUAUGUGUCUCCCCAUGUCAGGACCCCUGCCAAGAUAAAUGUCCACAACAAGCUCAGGAGGUAUGUGUUUCUCAGUGCCAGGAGUUAAGCCAAGGAAACUGCCCACAACAAGGCCAAGAUCCAUGUCUACCUCCAAGCCAAAACCAGUGCCUUCCUCAGUGUGCAGAGCCAUGCCCAGAGCUAGCACAAACAAAAUGUGUGGAGGAGUUCCCACAGAAGGUACAGGAGAAGUGUUCAUCCCAGAGCAAGGGAAAGUAGCUGCUCAAAUGCCAUCUGGAGUCAAGAAGAUGGCCAACAGAAGAAAUUACAGCCAUAGUCCUUACGGUGACCUUCUCCUGUGGGUAUCUCUGUGUAAGAUACUGUCUUGUCUCCUGACUUCCUCAGUAUUCCAGGACUUGGUCUGUACCUCUGAAGAUAGUUCUCUGUAUUUUAUCAACUCCUGUGGAUAAGUGUUCUCAGCAGCUGGCAGACGGUCAAGAGUGUGGGAGUGGUGUGGUUAUCGAGGCAGACCAUCAAAGCCUAACACAGCUCUCCUGGGGGAAAACCUCACUCAGCCCCUGGUACACAAUGGCCAAGGAUGCCUUCAUCCAUCUUUCAGAGUGCAAGUGUCUCUUCCAAGCCUCAAGAGAAUCUAAAUUUAAUAGCUUUAUGGUGAGCAUCACUACUACAAUGGGUAUUAAGAAGUUGGUGAUGCUACAAAAUCAAAAUUGGUUUAAUUUUGUUUUUGUGUGCUAACAAAAAAUAUGGCUGAACAUUAUAAUGUGCUCUGUGCUUUGUAAAAUUCAAAUAAAAUGUUUUAAAAGACUGAAUUCAAACAGCCAAUAAGAAACACAAGUUGGGAUCUUUAGAUCUUUGUCAGUCUUUGUGCUCUGUAGAUGAUCUGCUUUGGACCAUUUGGUUUGAGAUGGCUUUGGAUACUCUGACUGCUCUUUAGUUUGUGUUUCUGUGAUAGGAGCUGGCUUCUCUCCAGCUUCCUUGCCUUUUCCCCCUGGUGAAAGUAAAAUAUAUAAUAAAGCUCUGUCUAAGGCUG